GUUUCUGAUUCGACUCAUGGUAGUGUAACGACGGUUGGUAUUGAUCGACCGAUGGGGUGAUGAGCAAUCUGUAAAAAUGAAUCAUUGGCAAAUUCAAAUUUCCGAAAUUUGCAUGUAUUGUGUGAUUGAUACCUUAAAUUCGGCCGAAUGUGAUUAAUUCCGACAGAUACAGGAUUAGCGAAACCUUUUAUGUCGAACCAAAGGAAUUAGUCAGUGCUAAUCAAGCAAUGUAAAUCAAAGUAGGUGUAAUUAUUUCUCGCGCAGAGGAUGCCAUUAAAUGUCGGGAGAGUAAAAAAAAAGUUGGGUCCGGCAGGUCUGUUUGGACCGACGGACCAUAUUGGCGACGAUGAGAUCGCUCAGGCCCCCAGGAGGAUUACGCGUUCACGGUCUAGGGAGUGCAAAGGAAAAGUCAAUUUUUACAAGAUAGAGACUUCGACGUUGUCGAAUAGAUUAACUAGUGAAUCUAGAUCCGGAGAGAGCUCCAAACGAGGAAAAUCCAUGAAAAUAAAGAAAACCACUACCAAGAAAAGCAAUAAACCAUCAAAAGCUACUCAGCUGGAAGACUCCGAUUCAGAAUGGGAGGAUCAGCCUGACAAACCCCAAAACCUCCCCGCUACAAGGUUGGGUCGAUCGGGUCGAGGGCCCAGGCACAACCAGCAGCUGCAACCUCCAGCUACUGAUGGCGACAGAUCACCAAUCCAACACGUUGCAUCUUCAGCAGUACCUGCACGCCCCUCGCGAGCUAUCGCACGUCUUCAAGCAUUUCGAUAUUUACCACGACCACGCCAAUCUCCCACAGCUGUAUCUACUGAAUCAACCUUCUCCGGUGAAUCUGGAACUCCACGUGAGUCUAAACUCCAGGAUCCAUCAGUUCCCGCGAAUCUCAUAGAGUUCUCCAGCGAAGAAGAUGAACUCCAAAAGGAAACUGAAGGAGUUCCGCUGGCAGAGGGGGAAAAGUCGAUAGAAGGACCCAGGGAAGCCAGAGUUGAUGGAGAAACAGUUAGAGAUUUCGACAUCUACGCAACUACUGGUUCUGGAUAUAAUCAUGUAGAUAGCUUCAAUCAGAUCAAAUUGGGACUUCAGGAGGAAGGCAGUUCUGUCAAAGCUAAAUCAACAGUGGAUUCAGGUGCUGUCCGUUCGAUAUUCGAUCUAGACAGCAGUGAUUCAUUUGUUGAGUCUUCUCAUUCAAAGACAUCAGCGAGAAAACAAGGAAAUCAAAAGAGAGUUAAUUUCCAGUUUCCCAUAGAUCAUAACUCUUUGGAAAACCAACAUUCAAGGGAAAAUCGUGCAGCAUCAGCUGAAGGUGCAGGAGGUUCUUCCCAGCCGGGAGUUGAUUCACAAAAUCCAGUGAGAAGACCUGUCGAUCCCACAUCACCAACAGUCUCAAAUGCUUCCUAUCUUUCGGAGGACCAUGACAUUUCAAUAAUAACAAAUUCGCAACUAUCGAACAUCACAUUGAGGACUCACUCACGAUCUGUGAAAUCGACUAAACAAUUGCAGUUACAAAUUUCACCAUCGAAUUCUCGAUUCCUUACGGUCGAUGAGCAGAUCCUGCAGAGUAUCGCUCGAGUCUCCAUAAACUCGCCACCACCAGUACCGGAACCAAAAUUAGACCCAGUCGUAAUGCCUCAUAGAUCCGAAAACUGGACGGUAAUUCAGGAUUCUCUGAAAAGCACCUGUCAUGAUAUUAUCAGCCUCAAGCAUUCAAUCAUUCGAUAUAAUGGGACGAAAAGGUUCUCCAUGGAUUUUCAAGGGCUUGAUAAUUACAUUCGAUCUCUGAAUCCGAAUGAAUUGAAUGAUUUUUUCUGUCGAGUUUUGCCAUCAAUAAAAAAUCUCGCAUUACAACUGCCUGAAUUGCUGGUUGAGAGAAUGGAUGCCUGCCAACGCCAGGAGAACUCGGUCACCGAAAUCACUCAGAAGCAAGCAGGCUGUCUAUUGGCCAAUGGAUUUCUCUGCACCUUUCCUGAUGCUGUCGAUGAGAAUGAAAAGUUUGGAGGACAUUUUUUCAAUUUCUCGAGGCUUUUCGAGGCUCAUCAACAUACUGGUAGUGACAGGCACGAAAUUAACGAAAUUGUGAAGCAAAAAAUUCAGUGCAUCAUCGCAUACUUUUCAGAGAUCAAAGACCAACCGUUAACGAAUCUACUGAUAAUGGAGAGAGUGUAUAUUGCUGCUGGUCCAGCUUGGUGGAAUUCAAAUCAUCCAUUGAGACCGGUGAACAUAGAAAAAUUUACGGAUUCCUGUGAAGGAGUGGAGGUGCUGAAUAUUGAUGGAGUCUUUGGUGGAGAUGUAUUUGGCUUUCAAGUGGAGGAAGAACAAAUACAUUUCUUAGUUCAUCCUGAGCUCAUGAUUGCUAGGCUGUUUGUGGAGCCGCUGGAGGAAGACGAAGCUCUCUUCUUCCGGGGUGUCAGACCGUACUCACUAUGCGAGGGGUUUGGCAAAAGUUUCAAGUAUUCAGGUCCUUCUACCGACUCUACACCACGCAUUUUCGCUUAUGUCGGGAGGACUCACAUUAAAGACGGGGAGAUUUACACUAAGGAAGAUCUCAUUAAGGAAUUAAAUAAAAUGUUUGUUGUCUUCAGACGUGUUGAUAGUGACGAUAAGGUUGAUAAGAGGGUGACAGUUAAAGUUCCGAGACUUCACGAAUGUCGAGGAGAUCUAGCAAUAACAUUCCUAAUUUUUUUCAUGGUUGCAUCAUACGUUGGUAUUUCUGGAACAUUUUGCAUCUGUGAUAAGCAAUCAUUUGAAGAAAUUGUGGCUAUUCAGGAGCUCCUCAUUAGAAAACAGAUUAAUAUUAGAUCAAUUUUUGGAGCUUUAUGUGAGCAUGAACAGAAAGACAAGAAACGGAAUCUGUAUUUCUUUUUGAAAACUAUGUUUGAAAAGAUCGAGAGUUAAAAUCGAGUAUGUAAAAAAAAAGUUUCUUGGAUUUUUAUCGAAUUUCUAUUUGUUUUUGACUGAUUCAAUUGAAAUUUUCAGUAGAAAAGAUGCAAUGAAAGAAGUCAAUGGAAUUGCAUAUUUCUAUACAACUUUUUAAACAAUAUUCUACACAGGUAUUUUCCAUACAAUUUCCUUUGUCGAAAGUUUUUAAUCUUUUGUUCACUUUAUUCGGUUCUUAAAGAUUUCAAUCGACUUUUAUACCGUUAGUGAUAGUAACUAAUUUAUUUAAUGUAUUCGUGAAAAAUGUAGUAGAGCGGGACUCUUCGUAUCUAACAGUUAAUUUAAUAAAUGACCAGUAUUUUGUUUUA